AUGAGCAGUCAAACUCUACUCAACCUGCUACAGCGCAGGGAAGAGCAGAAUAGAAAAUUGAUUGAGAAUUGGCGUGCCGAGCGUGCCCAUCUGGAGGCUAGUCGCACCCGAGCCGAGGAAAUGUAUCAGGAAGAACGGGCGAUAAUUGACGAGGAACGAAUGAUAUGGAUUGAAGAGAAAAGUAACCUCCAGAGAGAUUUGUCUGAAUGGAAAAAAAGGACAGAAGUAGCUGAAAAGCAGAGGGACGAGAUGGUGAUCCUGCUUAGGAGCAUCCAGACUCAAGGCACUCAAUCAAAGAUAUCGUUUGAUGGUGCUGCUGAGUCUACUAUGGGCUCUCUCAGAGGCGGUGGUCUUAGCAGCGCCGAGACCCAUUCACAGUCAAGUGUCAAUUUUUGGAGCCCAUCAGACGGCACAUCUCCUAAAAGAGUUUUGCCCGGUGAGCUUCACAUCAGCGAAUUUCACGGAUCGACGACGAUGCCAGAGUCGAGACCUUUUAUUCCCUUGGAUCCACGUAUGCAGGGCUCGUCACCAGGAGUGAGCUCGCCAGUGCCCCAGCAAGAUCGUGUUCCCUCUAUCGAUAUACAGGAGGUCAUUCCUGGACUGGAAGGAAUCCGAGUUAGGCCGGAUAUCGUCCAGAAGGCGACAUUUACCGAUGAUAAGCCAGCCGAAUUAUCUCCCGAGUCAACCUUACUCCCUGUCCCUGGAGCUAAGCAGGAAUCAAUUCGUACACGUGUUGUACCAGCUGAUUUGACAAAAGAGACGCUCCAGGCUCCCGAGUCCGAUAGACUUACCAUGCAUGCCGGGCACACACCGAACCACUCUAUCUCCUUAUCUAGGCUCCAUACCGUUGAGUCUACUGAGGUAGUUAACACAGCUGACAGUUCUGGCUCAUCAACCCCCAAGUGCUGUGCUGCGAAGGAUAAGCAGGUUCAAGUGCCCGAGAAAGUCGCGGACUGUCAGACAUCGUGUUGCGGCCUUAAAUGCCCUAAAGCCGCCGAGGCUCAGGACGAACUCGAGGAUGAAAGAGACAAGGAUCCGGAAUUAAAGGGGCCAUUGACCCUUCGCAACCUUCCAGCCGCUGAUGAACCAUUUCUCAAGGCUCUUAAUGACAAGCUUGCCGAUGUUAUCACUCACGAUAUGACUCCUACUGUCCUUAAGCAUGGGAAUUAUUUUAGGCCAGCUGCAUCUGAGCCAAUUAUCGAGACCGGUGAUGAUGGUGCACACGAUGCUCGUGAAGAAUUAGAAGAGAAGGAGCAAGAAAUUCCGCUAAAGUUAAAGCAAUCGAGUAACUUUGGCGCUCCUCUUGGGCAGCUUCGAAAGCCAGCAUUGUAG